GUAACUAAAAAGGUUGGCAUUCUACCGUUUCUUCUUUUUCGUUUCGAUUUUCUCCUCCUCCUUCCUUCCUUCCUUUCCCGCUCGCCCCUCUCCCCCCCACGAAGCUUCUGCUGCUGCUAACUGCUGCUCCGCCAUCUCCACCACCGUCUAGCCCCGGCCACGACCGCAAGCCGCCGCUGCAGCAGCCCCAUCUAUACAAGGAGCGGGCUUCCCGCCUCCGUCCACCUCCAUUUCCCGCACGCUUCUUCAAAUCUGCGCGGUUUGGACCGGCGGAAUCGAGGGCUUUUCUUCGGGCCCACCGGAAGUGACGCUUAACGGCGACGAAGCCUCCUCGUUUGACGGGAAGCAGCCCGGUGGGGCACCGGCGUGGUCCGUCCUUCUAUUUUCCUCAUUUCUUCUGGUCCGAUUGAGUUGCUGCUGUCGGCGAAUUGUGGGGUUCGUUUGUCGUCCACUCCGGCGGAAGUGGCGGAGAACGGCUCCGGGGACUUAGAGCAUUGUCGUUGGGAAGUCUGGUGCUGAGGCUUUUUGAGUCAAUGCCCGUCUCUAAGAAGUAUUCGGAAUGUAGCCAGAUCGGGCAAGUGUUCGGCAAGUUGAUCAAGCAGAUGGGAACUCCAGUGGAGUUUGAACUCCCAGAAUGGUUCACUAAGGGGAAGCCCGCACCAUACAGUUUUAUAAGGCGCAACAUAUAUCUCACAAAGAGGAUGAAGAGGCGUCUAGACGAUGAUGGCAUAUUUUGCUCUUGUAGCCCAUCACCUGGUUCUUCUGUUGUGUGCAAUAAAGAUUGCCACUGUGGGAUGCUGCUCUCUAGCUGCUCCUCAGGAUGCAAAUGUGGAAGCUCGUGCAUUAAUAAACCAUUUCAAAAUCGGCCAAUGAAGAAAAUGAAACUUGUGCAGACCGAAAAAUGCGGUUCGGGAAUAGUAGCAGAUGAAGAUAUCAAGCAAGGGGAGUUUGUCAUUGAAUAUGUUGGAGAAGUCAUCGAUGACAAAACUUGUGAAGAAAGGCUUUGGAGUAUGAAACAUCGGGGUGAAACAAAUUUCUACCUGUGUGAAAUAAAUCGAGAUAUGGUAAUUGACGCGACAUACAAGGGAAACAAGUCGAGAUAUAUCAACCAUAGUUGUUCUCCCAAUACUGAGAUGCAGAAAUGGAUAAUUGAUGGUGAAACAAGAAUUGGUAUUUUUGCAACUCGAGACAUCAAAAAGGGCGAGCAUCUUACCUAUGAUUAUCAGUUUGUUCAGUUUGGUGCAGAUCAAGAUUGUCACUGCGGCGCUGCAGGGUGUAGGAGAAAGCUUGGUGUCAAACCUAGCAAGCCUAAGAUGUGUUCAGAAGCAGCGUUGAAGUUAGUAGCAUGCCAGGUUGCAGUGUCCUCUCCCAAAUUGGAAGGAGUCUUAUCCAGAAAUGAUGUAUGUACAUGCCACUCUUUGGUUUGUCAGAAUGGAGGUCUGCGUGCAGGAAAUUCACGGUACAUUCGCUAUCAACGUUCUCCUCACAAUUGCGUAGGUGAACUCAUAAGAAUAACUCGUCCAAUGAAUGAGAGGACUUUUGGGAUUAUCAGACGCUUUGAUAACUUCUCCAGGAAACAUUCCAUAAUGUUUGAAGAUGGUGCUGUUGAAUUUCUUGAUAUGUCAAAAGAAGAUUGGGAAUUUGUGACUUUGUAACCAUAUGUAUUGGUCGUGGACUAGUCAAGGUUGACGAUGCCAAAAUCAACUCCUCGCGCUGCCUGUAAAAAGAGUGUGGAUCAAUUCAUUCUGGCAGGAUGCACGACAAUAUCGCGUCGACCUCACACAAGCUGUGCGUCCAA